AUGGCGAAGGAGUUGGUGGAGUCACUGCAGCAGGACGAUGACGAGGAAGUCCCCCUGCUGCCGCCGUCAAGGGGGUUGUCGUCCGCGGAGGCCGAUCGACUCCUUGACCACCACGGGCGCAAUGAGCUUCCCCACAAGACGGUGCCUGGCUGGCUUAUUUUCAUGCGCUGUAUGUGGGGUCCGAUGCCUAUAGCCAUUUGGUUGGCCGUCUCCAUUGAGUUUUGUCUCCAGAAUUUCCCUGAUGGCGGCAUUCUUCUCUUCAUUCAGUUCGCCAACGCUACAAUCGGCUGGUACGAGACAACCAAAGCCGGUGAUGCGGUGGCGGCGCUUCGCGACUCAUUGAAGCCCCUCGCCACUGUGAUGCGUGAUGGAACGUGGCAGAACAUUGACGCGGCGCUUCUGGUUCCUGGUGACCUUGUGAAGCUUGCCUCGGGUUCCGCUGUGCCUGCCGACUGCACCAUCAAUGAGGGAACCAUCGACGUGGACGAGGCGGCGCUCACGGGCGAGUCCCUUCCAGUGACGAUGGGGGUGGAGCAGAUGCCAAAGAUGGGCUCUACUGUAGUGCGUGGUGAGGUGGACGGAACGGUGCAGUUCACAGGCCAGAAGACGUUCUUUGGCAAAACGGCGUUGCUCUUGCAGUCCGUUGAGGCCGAUCUUGGCAACAUUCACUACGUGUUGGUGCGAGUCAUGUUUGCCUUGACAUCGUUUUCUUUCGUGUUAUGUGUGACCUGCUUUGGUUACCUCAUGGGACAGUACAAGAUGAACUUUCGCGAUUCCCUGGAGUUUACUGUCGUGUUGCUUGUUGUGUCGAUUCCAAUUGCUAUCGAAAUUGUCGUCACGACUACGCUUGCGCUGGGGUCAAGGGAACUGGCCAAGAAGAAGGUGAUUGUCACCCGCCUCUCCUCAAUUGAAAUGAUGGCGGCGGUCAAUAUGCUUUGCUCUGACAAGACGGGAACCUUGACGCUGAACAAGAUGGAAAUCCAGCAGCAGUGUCACGUUUUCAGUAGGGAAUACAACCGCGAGAUCGUGCUCGUCUUGGCUGCCCUUGCGGCCAAGUGGCGUGAACCGCCCCGUGAUGCGCUUGACACGAUGGUACUGGGCGUGGCUGACCUGGAUGAGUGUGACAAGUACACGCAGCUGGAGUUUGUCCCGUUUGACCCGCGCAUUAAGCGCACAGAGGCGACCCUACGCGGUCCCGACGGUCUUGUUUUCAAAGUCACCAAGGGUGCACCAAACGUUGUCCUGCAGCUGGUGCACAACCGCGACGCCAUUAAGGCCCAGGUUGAAGGCAUCAUCGAAGACUUGGGUCGACGCGGCGUCCGUUGCCUCACAGUUGCUCGCACCAAGGAGGACCAGCAAUGGCAUAUGGCGGGCAUCCUGACCUUUCUGGAUCCGCCGCGCCCAGACACAAAGGAGACCGUCAGCCGCAGCAAGGAGUAUGGCGUUGAUGUGAAAAUGAUUACGGGUGACCAUCAACUCAUUGCAAAGGAGAUGGCCAGGAUGCUUGACAUGGACACAAACAUCUUGACCGCCGAGGGGCUGCCAAGGUUUCCCGCAAGUGGAGACCCAAAGGAUAUCCCAUCGACACUCGGUGAGACACAUGGUGACAUGAUGUUGGCUUGCGGAGGCUUCGCUCAAGUGUACCCGGAACAUAAAUACCUGAUUGUGGAAACGCUGCGACAGCGCGGCUAUACAGUGGCAAUGACAGGGGAUGGCGUCAAUGAUUCUCCCGCACUGAAGCGCUCUGACGUUGGCGUUGCCGUGGAUGGAUCCACCGACGCCGCCCGAGCAGCAGCAGACAUGGUGUUAACAGAACCCGGCUUAAGUGUCGUGGUGGACGCGAUGCUUAUUGCGCGUGGGGUUUUUCAACGCAUGCUGUCGUUUCUAACGUAUCGUAUUGCCGCAACCCUACAGCUUGUGUUGUUUUUCUUUAUUGGUGUCUUUGCCCUUCCGUGCCAGGAUUACGGGAUUGAGGAUCCCGACUUCCGCUUCUUCCGCAUUCCGGUGCUGCUGUUCAUGCUUAUUACGCUGCUGAACGACGGGACUCUGAUGACGAUUGGGUACGACAACGUUGUGCCCGAUCAACGUCCUCAGCGAUGGAAUCUGCCGGUGGUGUUCAUCAUUGCCACCGUGCUCGCUAGUGUGGCGUGUGCGUCGUCCCUCUUGUUGCUCUGGAUGGCGCUGGACUCUCACGACACCUCCUCGUGGUUCCACAAGCUUGGCAUCCCUCCCGUUUCCGAGGGCCAGAUUGUGACGAUGCUGUACCUCAAGGUCUCCAUCUCCGACUUCCUGACGCUCUUCUCUUCCCGCACAGGCGCAAAUUGGUUCUGGUCCUUCCGCCCCAGCCUUGUUCUCCUCCUCGGCGCCGUCGUUUCACUGGGGAUCUCCUCCUGCGUUGCCUCCUUCUGGCCGGACGGGAAGCUGGACAACGUCGUCGUCGUUGGUCUUUCACACGGCAAUAGCAAGGCGCACCGUCUGCUCCCCCUCUGGGUUUGGGUUUGGUGCGUCAGCUGGUGGUUCGUGCAGGAAAUUGUGAAGGUGCUGACAUACAAGGCGCUGGAGGUCUUUGAUAUAUUUAACUAUCGCACCAUUGCGGAGGGCAGGUGGAAGCCAUCGGCGAAGACGAGAUUCCGGCGUCGCUCACGCGGAAUGAGUCUGGGCGCCACCGACAACGUCGAGCAGCCGCUUCUGACGUAA